UGAAAAUAAAAGAAAGGAAAAAAAUUCAUGCUUUUCUUUUACUGUUAGUAAAGGAUCUUUCUUUCUCAUUCUCACCACCACCAUUACUACCUACUACUGAUAACUCCAUUUCUUCUUCUUAUCAGCCUUUCCGUUGUACACCUCUCACCAGAUUUCUUCAAAAACAAGUGAAGCUGUGUGAGGGUGUUUUUUCUUAGGGUUUAGAAAAAGGAAGGGAUUUUAGAUACCCAUUUGUUCAAAUUGAAGAACCUAGAAAGGAAAUCAAACCAAUUUUGCUCAUUUCUGUUGUUUAGAAGAAAUGGGGUUUGUUUGGGUAUGUUGUCGGAUGGAGCGUUUUCAAACAUGGGUUGUUGUUUGAUUUCUAUGAUCAGAGAUCUAGAAUUAGUUUCUUGUUUUUUUGUAAAGGGAUUUUCAGAGAUCUGGUCGGAGGUGGUGGAAUUUGUUAAUUCUUAAACAGUUUUAGAAGAAUGGCGAGUAUGAAUGAGGUGUUAUCAAAGAAAACAGGCCUAUUUGGUCUCAAGGUUUGGGUUGUAAUCGGACUUGGUGUAGGAUUAUCAAUCAUUAUCAUUCUAACAGUGUUAUGGGUAUGUCUAAUUUCGCGAAGAAAAACAAAGAGAGCAACUGAUAAACUCCCACUUAGCCAAAUUCCAACCGUAUCUAAGGAAAUUAAAGAAGUAAGGGUGGACAAAGCAUCGACGAAUGAGUAUGGAUCACAUGAAGGGAGCCUCAACAUUCAUGAUAAGUCUAGUGAGAAAGAAUCUGACAGGGUUCAUACGGGGAAAGCAAAUACAGCUGAUAAUCGUAGUCGUUCUGGUUCGUUUACUCAUUUGGAAAGUGGCGGUGCUGGGUCUCAAUCAGGGGAAGAUUCUGGGACUGUCACAGUUUACAAACCAUCUUCUUCUUAUCCGAUAACCGCACCUUCACCUUUAAGCGGUUUGCCUGAAUUUUCUCACCUUGGUUGGGGUCACUGGUUUACGUUAAGAGACUUGGAGCUUGCAACUGGUCGGUUCUCAAAGGAUAAUGUGCUUGGAGAGGGUGGAUAUGGAGUUGUUUAUCGUGGUAAUUUGAUUAAUGGCACUCCAGUGGCAGUUAAAAAACUCCUCAACAAUCUAGGUCAAGCGGAAAAGGAAUUUAGAGUUGAAGUUGAGGCAAUUGGACAUGUUCGACAUAAGAAUUUAGUUAGACUUCUCGGAUAUUGCGUUGAAGGUACUCACAGGAUUUUGGUUUAUGAGUAUGUCAACAAUGGAAAUCUAGAGCAAUGGCUCCACGGAGCUAUGCGUCAACAUGGAUAUCUUACUUGGGAGGCCCGAAUGAAGGUUCUCCUUGGCACUGCUAGGGCACUUGCUUACUUACACGAGGCUAUUGAACCAAAAGUUGUACACCGUGACAUCAAGUCCAGCAAUAUACUGAUCGACGACAACUUCAAUUCUAAGGUGUCAGAUUUUGGUUUGGCAAAGCUGUUGGGGGCUGGGAAAAGCCAUAUUACCACUCGAGUGAUGGGAACCUUUGGAUAUGUUGCACCGGAAUAUGCAAAUACUGGCCUCCUAAAUGAAAAGAGCGACGUCUACAGCUUUGGGGUUGUUGUCUUGGAAGCAAUCACUGGAAGGGACCCCGUGGAUUAUGGACGCCCUGCCAACGAGGUAAAUAUGGUUGAUUGGUUGAAAAUGAUGGUUGGUAGUAGGCGCUCAGAAGAAGUGGUGGAUCCAAACAUCGAGACAAAGCCAUCAACGAGGGCCCUCAAACGAGCUCUUUUAACAGCUUUGAGAUGUGUUGAUCCAGACUCAGACAAGAGACCGAAGAUGAGCCAAGUUGUUCGUAUGCUUGAGUCAGAGGAAUAUCCCAUACCUCGAGAGGAUCGAAGACAUCGAAGGAAGACUAGUAGCACAGAGAUUGAAUCUCAAAGGGAAAAUUCCGACACUGACAAAAGUGAAAGUCAAGAAUCAAGGCUGGAGAGUAGAAGAAACCAGCAAACAUAAUUUAUGACGAAUACAUAUAUAUAAACAAUUGAAGUGUUAACUCUUUUUUACAUUCUUUUGACCUGCAUUCUUGGGUCUUGCUACCUUCUCAGGUCGUACAACAGGGGUUAAGACGGGUUGUAGUUGUCAAGUAAACUUGAGGGGGAGGGUGAUCAGCCUUUUAUAUUUGGGGUUUUCUUGUGUUGUUUCUUCUUGUAGAUGUGGGAGAGUUCUAAUGUUGUGUGGAAAUUUAUGUUAUCUUUGAAGAACCGAAACCCGAUGGUGGUGUGUACAGCAGGCUUAUCAUUUAUUUUUUCCUUUUUGUAGCUCCAAGAGAAUAUAUACCGUUUUCUUUCUGUGAUUAUUAUUAAGAAAUUUAUUUGUGCAA